AUGCUUUGCCAAAUUGAAGCUUGUGUUAAUUCGAGGACAAUGACACCCUUGGGAAGCGACCCUUCAGAGCCUAAUGCCCUUACUCCAGCUCAUUUCUUAAUUGGUGGGUCUUUAUUAUUAGCGCCUGAGCCCAGCUUAGUAGACGAGCGAAUAGAACAUCUACGUCGAUGGAAGUAUGUUCAAGCAUUAAUGCAAGGGUUCUGGACAAGAUGGAAUAAGGAAUACUUGCCACAAUUUCAAGUACGUGGCAAGUGGACAAGUAACAAGCCUCCACUAAGCAUCGACGAUAUAGUCAUUAUAAAGGACGAAUGCACGCCACCAGCAAAAUGGCGAUUGGGAAGAGUGAUGAAAACGCACCCUGGGAAGGAUGGCGUUGUGAGAGUCGUCACAUUGCGGGUUGGAUCCGAUUCACGGAUAAAGCGUCCUGUAGUCAAGCUACCGAGGUAUCAUCGGAAAGAAGUUGAAAAUAAAUAA